AUGGCGGCACCGACGAGCGUUGCUCAUCUGCCUGCCUUGCUCCCCACCGCCCCUCCUCCUCACUCUACGGGCUCGACAGAGACGGAUGAGUGGACCACCGACCCCCUUUUCCCCAUCAAUGCGCACCAGCCUGGUCCUCCACUUGCUCUCCCUCCUCCUCCUCCUCCCCACAUCAUGACCGCCGCCGAUCAGCAGCAGCCUCGUCCCUUCUCUUAUCCCGUCGGCUCUGCCUUCCCUCACCCCUCGGCCUUCCCUAUGAGCAGUGGCAACAUGCAGCCACCCCCGCUUGCCCCACUCGACCAUGGCAUGGGCCAUGGCCUCGCUCAGACCCCCUGGGGUGACGCCUUCCCCCUCCCUCCACCUCCCUUUCCUCAUCCUGGUCCUCCGUUCGCUCAUCACCCAACCAUGGACGCCUUCAACGGCCCACCCACUGCUUUGGGAUUCUUCCCCGGCGCACCUUCUCAUCUUCCUCCUCCCCCGCCCGUCACCCCCAACGGCCAGGUCCUGCCUCGCCCGCACCCAUACUUGGUGCACCCCGUCUUGUACCUCAGCCAUGUCCCGACCGACAUCCGUGACAACGACAUUGUUGAAGUCUUGAAGCGCCAGGGCAUCCCCACUGGUUCUGUCGGCAUUCCAGACGCUGUCCAGCCAGUCGAGCGUCUCUGGCCUGACGCGUAUUACACGUGGAUGACGAAGAAUGGCUGUGUGGAGUUCAACUCGGCGUACGAUGCCGAAAAGGCUCUCUCGCUUCUCGUUCGCCACCCAUACCUCGUUGGCAACCGCAAUGUGCUCGUGUCGCCGUUCUCGCCGCCCAACAGCCACCCACUUCCUCCUGCACCUGUUGCACCUCGGCUUAUUCGUCCCGUCAAGUUUGUUGACCCUGCCGGGCGCGGGGGUGUCCCCACCGAGGGCCAGGUCUAUGACUGUGUUCGCCCAUGGGGCUCAAUCCGUGAGGUCUCCGUCAUCCUCGAAGUCAGCCAGCCAGACGCGUCCGGUCCCCCCAGCGAGAUGCGCUGGAGGGCCAGGGUCGAGUUCUGGUACGAGGACGAAGCCCAGAGGUUUGAAGCUGGCUUUGCCAACUCGCAGGUCCUCAUGGGCUGGCAAGUUGACAUUCGCCGCGACCCAUCAUACAUCACCAUGGCGCCACUUCCGUUCCAGCAGCCGCUUAUGCCACUUGGUUCCCCCGUCAUGUCGCCUGCCCCGUUCAACUCGCACUUUGGCUCGCCUGUGAUGGGUCAUGGCAUGCCUCCCCUUGGAACGCCUUUCGAACACCCGGCAGGCCUUCCUCCUCGGCCCCACUUUGGCCAGGUGCAUCAGUUGCCUCACCGUCCGCCUGCCCAGGCUCAAUCGCCAUCGCCGCUGCCUGGUCCUACCUCGGCCACCCCUGUCCCUCAGCAGGCUGCCGGCACCCCACUCGACGGCGACGCGGCUACCGGUCCCCCUUCGCAGAUGGGCUCGCCAGCAACCACCUCCAGCCAGCAGCUUGCAAACGCGACGUACGUGCCUCACCCAGGCAGUUUCGCCCCUGGCUCUGGUCAGACCUUACCCGCCACGGGCGGUACCGUCAACAUGGUGCCACCUCCCUCCCCGCCUCAGCCCGGUGUUCAGCGCUUCACUGCUCCGUGGGCCAUGCACAACCGUGCUGCGACUCUCCCCGUGUCGCCUCCAUGGGCUGUCUCGGAGCGCUUGCCCGGCGAUGGGGGCAACAACGGCGGUCCCUUCGGGUCCAAGCCCCGCCGCAACAGCAAGUCGUCUAGGCGCUGGAAGGAGGUGCCAGGUGGGAUCGUGUCGGAGGACGGCACAGUCAUCCAGCAUGGCCCCGGCCAGCAGAUCCAGCCGGCGCCCAAGAUGGGCCCCGGUUCUAGCAGCUCGUCUGGUCUGGUCGACUACUGCAACCUGAUUGUCAAGAACCUGGACCCCGAUAUUGCUGGACCGUACCUGCUCAGCGUCUUUGCGCCGUACGGCCACGUUAUCAACGCUCGCAUCAUGCGCGACGGCUAUGGCAGGUCGCGCGGCUUUGGCUUUGUCUCCUUCCUCGAGCCUACUGAAGCCGCUCGUGCUCUCGCCCAGAUGAACGGUGUCGCGCUUGGCAACGGCCUUCUCUCCGUGUCCUACCACGAGCCCCUCUUCCCACCUCCUCGUGUUAUCGGCAACGCUCAGGUCAAGAACGGCCGUGGUCGCGGUCGUGGACGUGGUCAGGCCCCCAACCAGAGUGGUCCCAUGAACAGGCGCCAUCCCGACUCGCACGGUCCCUCCGCACAAGUGCUCCCCGCCAAGCCAGAGCAUACCGUCAAGCCCGAUGACGAGUCCAAGUCGGAACCCGCCUUGCCAGAGAUGGAGAGGACAGCUUCGUCCACAGCCGAGAGCUCUUCCGAGUCUGAAUCCGUGGCCACGCCAGUUGACAAGGCUAGGUACGACAGUGUUGAGCGUCUCGUCUACACGCCUCCUCACCAGCGUGUGCGUUCAUUGGCACCCUCGCCCUCGUCCCGCGCCGACCGUCCGCUCCCCAAGAUUGACGAGGACGUGACGUCUGCUCUCUUCGACGCCAUGUCUCUCGACGACCUCACUCUCACGACGCUGGCUGCCAUGCCGCCCAAUAAGGUUCUUGACCACCUCGCACGCGGUGGUGACCACCUUCUCGACAAGCUCAGCCUCGCCAAGCCACCCGGCUGGCACCAGUUCAACCAGCCCAGCAAGACUGAGCUCAUCCGCCGUGUGGGCAAAAUGGUGGUCGCGCCUUCCCUGGGCCCCAAGAGCCGCCUGCUUUCCUGCAUUCGCGACUAUGUGAACAGCCUCGACACCGAGGACGAAGCGGCCUUUGCCGAGCUCCUCCAGUACCCCGCCCUCGUCAGCGCCAUGGUUCUCGCCGCCCCCUCGCGCUUUUCUCGUUCCGACGGCGCCCUUUCGGUCUGA